UGGAAGUGGCCACCAAGGCCAACCCUUGGGACGGGAAGACGCUGAAGCCGGAGAGCGUGCGCUCCCAGCUGGACACAUCCCUGGAGAGGCUGAAGAGGAGCAGUGUGGAGCUGUUUUACCUCCAUGCCCCUGACCACAGCACCCCAGUGGAGGAGACACUUCGUGCCUGCAACCAGCUGCACAAGGAGGGAAAAUUCAAAGAACUUGGUCUGUCAAACUAUGCAGCUUGGGAGGUGGCAGAAAUCUGCACUAUCUGCAAGUACAACAACUGGGUGAUGCCAACUGUGUACCAGGGUAUGUACAACGCGACCACGCGGCAGGUGGAGGCUGAGCUGUUCCCCUGCCUCAGGCACUUCGGGCUGAGGUUCUAUGCCUACAACCCACUGGCAGGAGGGCUGCUGACUGGCAAGUACAAGUACGAGGACAAGGACACACGACAGCCCACUGGGAGAUUCUUUGGGAAUGACUGGGCUCAAGCCUACAGGGACAGAUACACCAAAAAGCACAAUUUUGAUGGAAUUUCCCUAGUUGAAAAAGCUCUGAAAGAUGCCUAUGGCUCCAGUGCACCCACCCUGGCGUCUGCUGCGCUGCGCUGGCUCUACAACCACUCCAAACUGCAGGGUUCCCUUGGAGACGCAGUGAUCAUUGGGAUGUCCAACUUGGAGCAGCUAGAGCAGAACCUUGACUACAGUGAGGAGGGUCCUCUGCUCCCACCCGUGGUGGAGGCGUUUGACCAGGCCUGGAACCUCACUGCCCACGACUGCCCCAACUACUUCCGCUAG